GGGGGAUAAUCCGGGGCAAAGCCGCUUUUUAGCCAGCACCGCAAGUCUCGUCGCGCCACGCCUGCCCAUCAGCUUCCGAUUCACUUGGGUCUCCCGAUGGGCAGUUACGUCGCAGGCCCAACUCUUCUACACAAUCGAGGAGCUCGAGCCUGAGCCGGUCCCGCGAGUUCCACAGAGCCAAGUCCCUCCCGCAGCCAGCACCGGCCAGAGGGAUCCGGGAUCGUCAGGCCCUGAGGCCUCGUUCAACGCCCGCACUCUCGAGUCGGGCGGACCUCGGAGAUCAGAUCUGCCGGUCUUCCGCGCCCCUAACGCUCCACCUCCGGCAGGUCCUCUCUCGCCGCAACAGCGAAUCAGGACUUCGACCAGCCCAACAGCCUCUGAAGCUGGUGGAGAAGUGAAAUGUGUAGGUCAAUACGUUACUGUAGCGCAUGCAAAAGACCAAGUUGACGGCGAAGAGGGUAAUGGUGCGAGCACCGAACUGAUGACUAAGGAGACAUGGGGCGCAACCGAUGCUUGGUGUCAGGGUGUGCUGUUGCUUGGAGAUGACGGAAAGUAA